UACAUACACAUACCAAAUGUGAGGCACCAUCAUGUGGUGAUGUGUGGUAUUACAGGUCCAGACCCAACACACAGAGAAGCAGAUCAAGCAGGAGUUUGAGAAGCUUCACCAGUUUCUACGAGAUGAAGAGGCAGCCAGGACAGCUGCACUGAGGGAGGAAGAGAAGCAGAAGAGUCAGAUGAUGAAGAAUAAGAUCAAGAAGAUGAACAGAAAGAUCUCAUCUCUUUCAGUCUCAAUCAGAGCCAUAGAGGAGAUGAGAAAUGAUGAUGCCAUCACAUUCUUAAAGAACUACAAGAGCACAGUGGAAAGAGCCCAGUGCACACUGCAGGAUCCAGAGGGGGUUUCAGGAGCUCUGAUCAAUGUGGCAAAGCACCUGGGCAACCUGAAGUUCAGAGUCUGGGAAAAAAUGCAGGAGAUUGUCCAAUACAAAAGACCUGACCAGGGACAUGGGGUCGCAAAUUAGCCAAUUGGCCAGAAACCUUUUAUGCAACACAUACACAC